AGGACUACCAGCAGUUGAUAGAAGACAUCGUUCGAGACGGACGGCUCUACGCCUCGGAGAAUCACCAGGAGAUUUUGAAGGACAAGAAGCUGAUCAAGGCGCUCUUCGACGUGCUGGCGCACCCCCAGAACUACUUCAAGUACACGGCCCAGGAGUCCAAAGAGAUGUUCCCACGCUCCUUCAUCAAACUGCUGCGCUCCAAAGUGUCCCGAUUCCUGCGGCCCUACAAAUAACGCUGGUGCACCCGCCGCUCCUGCCGGCAGCAUCCCCAGGGCGGUGAGGGAGGGCCCGCCCCCACGCAGAAGCUAAGAGGCGCCAGGGCAUCCGCGUGGCCGUGGGGCUGCCCUCAGGAAGCGCUGACCAGCCCGUGGAGGGCGAGACCGCGCCCAGGCAGAGCCCAGCCCAGCCACCGCUCCCAGCGCUGCCCCUGGGAAGCAUUGCUUACAGCAGCCUUUCUCCUUCGCUCCCUCCCUCCGCCUGCUGUUUCCAGGACACCGCCCGCUCCUGGGCCAGGCCCUCUGCACAUGCCCAGGCCACGCAGGCGGUCCUGGCGAGCACGACGGGGAGACUGCAGGUGCCCCUGAGUGACACUCCGAGUCUCCAGGAGGCUCUGGGAGGGGUGAUGGGAGAACUGAGCCAGGCCCUGGAGAGAAGGGCGUGCGGGCGGCUGCAGGGCUUUGAUGAGCCGGAAGAUGCCCGCAGGGUGUCCACACCGUAGGCCCCUUGGCACAGGCCCAGGACCGGUUGCCCUGUGGUUAGCUCUACGGAUUCUGGCGGGACAGAAAGGACUGCCGGGGAGGAACCUGUAGAUGUGUGCUUUUCCUCAAUAGAGCGUCUAAGUAUUAUAUAUGUAUAAA